AUGGCUCUGCCAGACACCUUCGUGCUGAAUAAUGGCCGCAAGGUUCCAGCUGUUGGGCUCGGAACAUUUCAAGGAGAGGAUGGCAAUUCCCAGGUUAAAUAUGCCGUGAAGCUUGCUUUGAUACUGGGCUACCGACAUAUUGAUGGGGCUCACGCUUACGGAAAUGAGAAGGAAAUUGGUGAAGCUAUCAAGGAGAGUGGUAUUGCUCGACAGGAAAUUUUCGUCACGUCAAAGCUCGCACAGACAUGGCAUGAGCCUGCCGAUGUUGAAAGAGCUCUGGAUGAAUCUUUACAGAAUCUCCAACUUGACUAUGUUGAUCUGUAUUUGAUGCACUUCCCUUAUGCUUACAAGGCUGGCGAGAACCACAAGACCAUAAGACAUCCAAGCGGUAACGGCAAGCCUCUAAUGGAUUAUGGUCUCUCUAAACGUUAUCCAGAAACAUGGCAAGCGAUGGAAAAGCUUGUGGCUUCGGGCAAAGUACACUCAAUCGGAUUAUCGAAUUUCAACAUCCUGAAGACCAAAAGAAUUCUUGAAGUCGCUACGAUUAUCCCAGCCGUCAAUCAAGUCGAAAUCCAUCCGUACCUCCCACAGCACGAGCUCUGCCAAUUCUCAGCACAGCAUGGUAUCUUGAUCAUGGCUCAUCAGCCCCUCGGUGGACGGCCGGUACCCCUCGUUCGAGGGCACCCGGACGAACCAUUUCCAACGGAAAAUCCAAAAAUUCUAGAUAUCGCAUCUAAAUGUGACAUGACCCCCGCACAGGUUUGUCUAUCUUGGGCUGUACAGAGAGGCAUCGCAGUCGUUCCCAAGUCCGUCAGCGAAACACACAUGAAGCAGAAUUUGCAGGUGAAAAGAUUGCCUGACGGUCUCUUCACCAUCGUCGAUCAACUUUCCUUGGAACGGGGCCCUCUUCGGUUUCUUGAUCCUAGCGGGCACGUAGGAUUUAACAUUUUCGAUGAAAAUAAUGAUCAGCCGGUGGGAAACAGCGCGUCCUGGGGUUAGCGCGACAUAUUGUAUCGAAGCACCAGUCGCCACAGACCCAAGGAUAGAUUUCGAAAUGCGUUGUAGUUGGUUUAGUCUUGAGUUAAAAGACGCUAGAAUCUACGAUUAUAUAAUGUCGUAAUUUGUCGCGUUCUAUAUUACCCGCACCACUAAUUUAUUCUAUACUAGUGCGGACAACUAGUAAGGUGUAGAUUUCCAAGGGGGCUAAUAAUACGCAAGAGCCAACA